AUGUCCAUAAAAGUUUCAGAGUUUUUGUAAAUGGAUAGAUUAAAAGAUUAUUUUUAAAAAAUUUAAGAAGAGGAAGAUAGAAAACAAAAGAUUUAAGAACUUACUGCAAAGCUACUUGAGAAAUCACAAAAGAGACUUAAGUAAUUAUUAAAUAAAUAAGAUUGUAGAAUAGAAAAUAACGAGUUGAUUAGAGAUUUAAUGAUAAACUUAAAAAUAUGAAAGAGCUCAAUACAUUUAUUGAUGUUAAAUAAAAAAUUGUUGAAUAAAAUGUAUUGAAUGAUGCUAAGCUAAUCAACUAAAUAUAAAUGGAAUUUAAUAAUGCAAAAACAAAAAAUGAAGAAGAAUGGAUAUAGAAAUAAUUGAAUUCUGAUUCAAUUAAAAAGACUUAGAAAAAACAAUCAUUUUCUACAUAUUCCACUAAAAAUUUUUCAUUAUUAAGUUCAGCUGUCCCAAUGAAAAGAGUACUUGAUAAUACUUUUCUAACUUAAUCUAUAUAGAAUUUUGUAAAUGAUCCCAAAUCUACUGCAUCAUAAUUAGGUAAUGGUCCUUAUAAUUUUGAUACCUUGGUUGAGAAUGGACUAUUAUCUAAAAAUUAAAAUUCAAUCAAACUCACAGUUUCUAAAUAUUAUUCAAAAUAUUAAAAUAAGACAAAUGAAUUUAUUAAGAAUAUGAAAUUACAUUGUAUUGCAAAAUAUAAACCAAUAUAAGAUUAAAUGAAUAAAAAAGAAAUCAAAUUAUCAAUUAGUCAUUCCUAAUAUACACCAAAUCAAUAAAGAGGCAGACCAUAAACUUGUUUCCUUAGUGAGACUACUUAAUUAAGAACAUAAAAAAAAGAAAAUUAAUAGUAAUCAAAUUCAGAAAAUUAAAAAACUAUACUUAAAGAAAAUGUUAAUAAUAAUAUUGAAAGAUCCUCAAUUGAAAGAACAAAAAAUUUAUAAACAAUGAUAAACUUUUAUGAAAAUUAAAGUGGAUAAACUGAUAAAAGAUUUAAAACACCUUAAUAUCGUAAGAGAAUAGGUUAAUCUUUUCUUAAAUUCAAUAAGUCUUUAACAGAAGUGGAAUCAGAACUAAAUAAAUCUAGUUAAAGUAACAAUGAUAUCUUAAGAAAGAUGGAAACUAUUGUAACUGAUGUUUAUGAUAGAUAUUAAACAUAAUAUAGCUCUUAUAAUUUUUAUUGA